UUCCCAUGCUCCUUAAAGACCCAACACCACCAUCUCUCUCCCCAUCUUUAUAGAUUCCUGCAGGCAGAUUCAGUUUGCACAGGCCUAUGGAGAGCUGCCCAAUUCUGUUUCCCACCCAUCACUCCUCUUCUUCUACUUCCUUCGUUCAAUAUCCCUCCCAUUUACAAUCCAACUUGAUUAAUAUUGUCACUACAUAUGGGUCUGGCAGUGGCAACAAGGACGACCAAAGCAAGGUCUCAGGUGAUCAUGGCAGUGUAGUUGAUCACAAGCCGAUCAGUGACACCUCUGAUAUCGCACAAAAGAAAGGGAAGAAGCAAGAGAAGAAGAUGAGAAGGCCACGGCUCGCCUUCCAAACUCGAAGCCGAGUUGACAUACUCGACGAUGGCUAUCGAUGGAGGAAGUACGGGCAGAAGGCAGUCAAGAACAACAAGUUCCCUAGAAGCUAUUAUCGAUGUACACAUCAAGAUUGCAAUGUAAAGAAGCAAGUACAGCGAUUGUCGAAGGAUGAAAACAUUGUGGUGACGACAUAUGAGGGAACUCACACUCACCCAAUCGAGAAGCCGAAUGACAGCUUUGAAGACAUCCUCAAUCGAAUGCAAAUAUACGCCAACUUUUGAGCUAUGUUUUUCUAAUUUGCUUGAUGAAGAAAUGGUGUCAGAUCUCUGUAAAGGACUGGCUAGCUAUAGCUAGCUUAAGAGGGGUACACACAAUUAAGAACUAUUCGCCAAAUACUAAUAUAUUUUAUGGCAUAAACAAACUUGUUAUUUUGCAUCAGUUACAAUAUUAUACAUAGAGUGUGUAAAUUGCAUGAUCAGUUACACACAUAAGAAAAUGAUAGUCAUGUACUCUCAGUUUUGCAAGGUUUCUUGAGAGAAGAAUGCUAGCUUCCACAUGCAAUUUU